ACUUCGGGAACAAAGAACACACGCGUUUCCUUCUUCUUUCUCACAGCAGCAGCACCACCGCCACCCACUACCACCACCACCCACCAACCAACCGUCGCUCUCCUCUACUCGCUCAGCCCAUCAACACAAACGCAGUACCAACACGAAAGCACGCAACCCAUCAGUUUUCAGGUGUGCACAAGAAAAAUGAGAUUCGGAAGAGGAGUCCUCGGGAAUGUUUUACGCCCUCUGAUCUCACUCUCGUCGUCAAGGACGGUAGCAACUUCACAAAUCUCUUCCACAUUGCCGUUUCAUGCUUCUUUGCAACCAUCUUUCGGCAGCAAAACACCCCAAUUCCUUCUUCCCUUUUUGAGCCACUUUCACAGUUUGACAGACACUCGUUUUCCCAAGAGACGACCUUCUGAUAAACCCCGUCGAAAGCGGGCUAGCUUGAGACCCUCUGGGCCUUAUGCUUGGGUUGAACACACAACUGGCGAGACUAUACUUCCCAAUAAGCCUAAUGAAGGGAGCAUCAAGAGGAGGAAUGAGAAGAAACGCAUGAGGCAGCGCCGUGCCUUUAUACUGGCGGAAAAGAAGAAAAGGAAAGCUCAGAUGCAAGAGGCUAAGCGGAAGAAGAACGUUAAGAAGGUAGAGCGAAAAAUGGCUGCAGUUGCAAGGGAAAGAGAGUGGGCAGAAAGACUGGUUGAAUUGCAGCGCCUUGAGGAAGAGAAGAAAAAGUCUAUGGCUUAAAUUUAUUUAGGACCUCAUUUGCAAUUGUUAAUGCCGGUCAAGUUUUUGGGCCAAUUAAUAAUUUGUACCGUCUACACAUACUAUAUCUUCAAUUUGUUUUAUGUUGUCUGAUGAUUGGGCGACUCUGCUUAUUUUAAGUAAUUUUUCUCGACACUA